CUAUGUUGUGUGAAAGCUUCGGAUCAUGGUGUGAAGAAACAUUACACCUUUUAAAUCUCUUCCCAUCAUGCAAUGUGUCAACCCGGAAGUAAUUGUAAUUUGUAGAGAGCGAGUAAGAUCCCAUCGUCGCUGAGAAUUUUUGUUCCUGAUUUUCUACGUUAACCAAACACACUGCUGUCCCAUUUGAAAAUGAGCCUCACAGUUGAGCAAGUGUUAAAUGAUGCAAAACGUUUAGUUGAGAGGUUAAGAGAACAUGAUAAUGCAGCAGACACCCUCAUUGAGCAAACUACAACAUUACACAAGAAGAUUGAUGCAAUGAAACAGUAUCAAGAAGAGGUAGAAGAGAUGAAUCAAGUUGCACGUCACAGGCCUCGGUCUUCGCUUAUCCUUGGAAUCCAGCAAGAAAAUAGACAGAUACGAGAACUCCAGCGUGAAAACAAAGAUUUACGACUAGCAUUGGAUGAACAUCAGUCAGCACUGGAGCUUAUUAUGAGUAGCUAUAGAGAACAAGUCAGUAAGCUUGUAAUGGCAAAUCGAACAGAGAAAGUAGCUUUAACUACAAACAUGCCACUGGAGAAAUCUCAAGAAACCGAAAUUUCAUCCACGAUGCAAAACAACAACAUGGACUUGGAUGAGAAAGCAGCGGUUGCAAUGGAAGAAAUGAUGGCUCGUCUUCUGAUAGAGAACCGAGGGUUACGGGAGAUGCUAGAAAUAAGCAGACGCAUGCACAACCAACACACUAAGAUAUUAGAAGACAAUGAGAAUUCAAAAGAUGAUAACAAGAAUGUAAAGGAAAAGAAUGAUAAUGAAACAUCGACAACAAACUUUGAAAAAAAAUGAGAUCUACUGUACUGAACAAGGUGUUUUUAUGUACAUGUUUACAUCCUGGUGUAUAUAUUUAUUUGUACAGUAUCUCUAGAAUGUUAAAUGGUUCAAGAUGAAUUCUAUCACAAUCUGGAUUACCCAGAGAUCGACGAUGAUAUUUUUUGUUCUUUCUUCUUACGGUGACUGUAGAUUUGUUAAGCAUUCUCAGGAUAAUGCUGGUGUGUGUGUGUGGGUAUACCAUGGAGGAAUAAGUUUAGAAAUUAUUAGUCAUUUCAUCCAUUAAAUUGCGAUUAUCUCUCUCCCACGUACAUUGCUGGGCUUGGAAAUUUGGCUUGUUUGUUAUGAUCCUAAUAGCUACCAGCGCAUGCACGGUUGCCAUUCUCGGCUUAUUUAGUUGUCAAGUACGUAACAGUGAGGUAAUUGCGAUUGUACCUUUGAUCAUCACUGGAUAGUUUUUCUAAACUUAUUUCUUCAUGUUUCAAGUUAAGAAAGAUGUGAGAUUGAGAAGUAUGUAUGUAUGAAUAUAGUGUUCUACAAGGACCAAAGUGUUGCUUCAAAAAGUUCUCUUUCUGGAGGUCAGUAAUUUGAACUUUUAAGAGUGAUGAAAGUGAAACAUUACAAACAGUAGUUCAACAAUUAUUGUUUGUUGCACUAAUUAAAAUUUAAUUAAAAGCUACACAAUAAAGUUGUAAAUCUCUUGAAUGUGAAGUAUCCUAUAUCUAUCUACUGUACUUACUGUAAUUUUAGUUGCCAGGGGGCCAAAUGUUUAAUAUGAAUAUCCAUUAGGUCCAGUCGCAGCAUAGUUAUUUUCUUGGUUGAUGUUCUGGAGCUGUAUCGUGGCGGUUAGGAUGCUUCUUUCCAAUCUAAGUGUCCUUUAUGGCUGGAUUAAUGACUAUAGAGAAUCUCCAUGCAAAAAGCAUUGACUUAAGUUAUAGUCUAUUAUAGAGCAUCAAUUUAACGAGUCCCUGAAUGACCCAAUGAAUGUGGAUGUGUCACCCUCUAUAAAUAUGGUACAAAAAUAUAUCACAAUAAACGCACAAGUAGGCAUUUCACCUGAAAAGGGGGGGGGGUGGGACUAGUUUGCAGAAUAAGCUUGCCAUUGAGUACUCCAAACCCAAGAAGUCAUAAUUAAUUUCAGACUACUGUAUACCUGCUUCAAUGAAUACUGAAAUUAAACAUCCUAAGCUUGCUAUAUAAAUAUUGUGAUUGGUUGAUUAAUGACAGUAGCUCUGACAGCUAAUCUGGUAUGGCAUGUUAAGAUAUUAAAUGCUUACCUUAAUCAGGCAUGGCAUUUUAAAAAUAUUUUAAAAAAAUUACAUAUAAUUAAUAAACUCUAAAUAUA